UAAGAUUUUAUUUAAAUUUUAAGCAUUUUUAUUUAAAAUAUUUUAUGUUUUUCUAAUUGCAUUAAAUUUGAUGAGGGAGUAAGUAACAUCUACGUUUUAACAGUACUAGGUUAUAACAUUGUUUAUAUCAAACGAAUCCGUCCAAAAUUAGAGCUAAUAACAAAAUAUAAAGUAUAUCUAUAUUUAAGUAUGAUUUAUUUUAUUAAAUUAAACAAUUAAAUAACAUUUUAGUAAUAUAUUUCAAUUUCAUAAUGUACGUGUUAUCGCGCUCUUGUAAAGAUGGCGCGACGUUUAAAAUCGAUCCAGUUAUAACUUAGUCACGACUUAGUAUAUUUCUACAUAUAAAGCCUACGUGAUUGUGUUUGCUAGGCAAAUACUAUAUUUGUAUUGACCCUAUACAGUUUGGAAGAACGCACGUGAACUUACGUUCUUUUUAUUAAAUUAUUAUUUAUUUACAUAAAUAACGAUAGAAAAAUAAUAAAUAAAAUGAAUGAGAAGAGUUUAUUUCUUUUCGUACUUUUAAUUGGCGUUGUUUUUAAGUCUAUCGAGUGUUCUAACGUGAAAAAAUAUUCUUUACUUAUGCCGAAUGUAAGCCCGAACGUGCCAGAAUUAUAUUUAUGCACUCCGGUGAAAGUAGAUCCAUCUAGAAAUUAUUAUAUAGUUGGCUUUGAGCCAAAUGCUACUAUGGAAACAGCUCACCAUAUGCUCUUGUAUGGAUGUACAAAACCUGGAAGUACCAAGUCUGUAUGGGACUGUGGUGAGAUGGCACAUUCUCUUAAUGGCCAACGUGAAACAGCUGUUCCUUGCAGUGAAGGAUCUCAAAUCUUGUAUGCUUGGGCUAGAGAUGCGCCUCGAUUGAAUUUACCAGAAGGUGUUGGUUUCAAAGUUGGAGGUGAUUCUCCAAUUAAAUACAUUGUUCUUCAAGUACAUUAUGCUCAUAUUGAUCAUUUCAAAGAUGGUAGUACCGAUGAUUCUGGAGUAUUUUUACAUUAUAUAUUACAUCCACUAAAUAAAUUAGCUGGUGUACUUCUUUUGGGAACUGGAGGUGUUAUACCACCUAGAAGUACUGAAUAUAUGGAAACUGCUUGUGUACUCAAAGAAAAUAAGACUAUAUAUCCUAUAGCAUAUAGAACGCAUAGUCAUUCUUUGGGUAGAGUAAUUUCUGGAUAUGUAAUAAAACCCAAUUGGAAAUGGAUUGAACUUGGUAAAAGGGAUCCUCUUACGCCACAGAUGUUCUAUCCUGUGAAAAAUAAUGUUUCGAUAACGACGCACGAUCAAAUUGCAGCUCGUUGCACUAUGCAAAAUAUGCGCGAUACUUGGACUAAUAUUGGUCCUACGAACGAAGACGAAAUGUGUAAUUUUUAUUUAAUGUAUUACGUUGAGAAUGAUGAGCCAUUGAAUAUGAAGUAUUGCUUCACUCCUGGACCUCCAGUUUAUUAUUGGGAAAAUGAUGAAUUAAGAAAUAUUCCUGACAAAGAAGCAUCGACAUUGUAAUGAAUUAACAAAUCCAGAAAUUGUACAAAUACAAAUGGCUUGAUUUCAUCAUCCUGAUUAACGAAAUAAGAUAUGUACAUCAUAUGCGGUUUUAAAUUAUACGUGUCAAUUUGGUGCUAUAGGACGAAGAUAUGGGAUCAAACUAUCUUGAAUAUCUUUUUACUCCAUAAUUGCAUUUCCAAUAAUAUCUAGGCAUAAUUUUAUUCCAAUUUUUUAAAAAUCUAAUUUAACUGGUAAUGUAGUAUUAGUUAAUAUUUAAUUUUAUUUCAAUAUUUUUUAUAGUCAAAAAUAAGUUUUAAAUUUCCAAUAAUUUUUUUUUUGUAAUUCAUUUAUUUAUUGUGUAAUAUUUAAGGAUAAAUAUUGAAGGCAGGUAAACAACAUAUCUGGUAUAUAUUGUA